AUGAAGCAGCAACUCCUCCCCCUCUUUGCGGCUGGAGCCGCUGCACUAUACGUGCCUUUCCUCGGAGUCAAGGAAAAACAACUCCUACCCAUUGCCGAGGACAGUCUUGGAAAUAACGUUCUCUCCAAAGUCCAAGACACUUGGGACGACUCUGCUUCCUCCCUCUACUCCUCUCUAAUCGAGAAACACGUCAUCGAGGAGCUUGAAGCUGCUUUCUACAAGGAUCACAAGCAUCACGAUCACGACCGUGACCGAGACCAUGACCAUGGCCAUCACGGUCACCACCCCCCGGGCGACACCAGCAAGUCCAUUUACGAACUGAUCAAAGAGUCCAAGUACAGCGAGCGCUUCGUCAAGAUCAUCGACGAGCACGACGACAUCAGAAAGCUGCUCAACAAUACCGACGGCAACAACAAGCACCACUACACCAUCUUUGUGCCCACCGACAAGGCCUUUGAAAGAAGAAGAAGAAGAAGAAGACCUCUUCGACACCCUAACCUUCCCCCCCUCCUCUUGUCUUCGCUCCACACCCUCCCCACCGAACUUCACUCUCCCCUCCUCGACCACCGCCCUCAACGUCUUCGCCUCUCCAUCAGCCCCCCCUUCUUUGGCCACGGCGGCAUCCGCGUCAACUUUGUCAACCGCGUCAUCAUGCCCAACAUUUACGCCUCCAACGGCAUAAUCCACGCCGUAGACGGCAUCUUGUUCCCCCCUCCGCCCGCGCUCAAGGGGGUGUCUCUUUUGCCGAGCUUGUUUAGCACUUUCUCCCUUGCGCUGGAGAAGACGGGGCUUGGUGAGGAGUUGGGGCACGGACAUGGACAUGAUGAUGAGGGCGACGACGAUAAAGACGACGACGACAAUAAUGAUAAGAAGCACCAAAAAGGCGGAGGCAAAAAGGAAGGAAAAGGCUUCACCCUGUUCGCCCCCAGUAACCGCGCCUUUGCCCGUCUCGGCCCCCAUCUGAAUGCCUUCUUGUUCAACACGGAGCCCGGAAAGAAGUACUUGAAGGCUAUACUCAAGUAUCACUUUGUUCCUGAGCACACGGUGUAUACGGAUGCUUACUACAAGGCUGGCUCAGGCUCUGGUGAUGAUUUCUAUAAUGAUGAUGAUGAUGAGCAGGAUGCGGACUACAACUGUUGCCCGCCGCCGACCCACUACGACUUGGCUACGCUGUUGAGCGAGGACGCGAGACUGGGCGUGGAUAUCAAGAAUUGGAAGGGGCAUGCGACCAUGGUGGUUAAUGGAUUUAACCGCCCCAGUGUGUUGGAUGGACCGGCGGCGGAUGGCGUCAUUCAUGUUGUUUCGAGCGUGCUGAUUCCGCCGCGUAGGGAAAAUGGUGGUGAUGAACAAAAGGAAGAAGAAGAGAAGGAGGUUGGGGAGAUGAGCGUCGAGGAGUUGAUGGCUAGGUUGGAGCCGUAUAUGGAUAGGGAGGAUGUCGGUCAGUCGCACUCUGGUGAUCUGUAA